AUGGAUUGCGGUAAUGCCGAUCGGGGGAUCGGCUUCCGGUCCUCGCCGCCGUCGUCCCCGGCGAACGUGUCGAGCUCAACACCGGUGAGCAACAAGCAACUCAGCCCACCCACCGGCAGCCUGCGUGCGCGUCGGUUUCCAUCACAGCGCGUGGUGUGCGCCGAUGGGAGCCACCACACCUACAGUCACAACAACAGCAUUGGCAGCGCCGGCGGCGGCAUCGUGGCACUUGCGCGGAUGGAGAGUCAGGAGUUGUUUGGGGCCUAUCCUCCGAUGCCGACCCUGCAGCACCGUCACCCGGGCGACUCGAUCGUGCCCCUCUUGGGGCGGCCCAGCUUGGACUCCGUGUGCGAGCUCUUAUCGAACGCCUCCCCCACCUCGCAGGCGGCGGUCCCGACUCUUUCCUUCUACGCGGCCAAAGACAACGUUGCCUUGCAAGACUACUGCACCCUCCCGAACCAGAACUCAGUGCCGAAGAGCGUGACCGUCAUCUACUCGCAGCCCUCCUCGCCCAGUGACGCCUACUUGCGCGGGGUGGACUACGUGAGCGCCCGCGGCAUAUCCGUUACGGAGGACAAUGCAAAUGAAGACCGGGUGAAGGUGCGUGUCGAAGGCUACUACGAGAACAACGGUGUCGGUGUGCUGAUCCCGAACGAUCUGCCGCCAAGCACGCUGCUCUACGUCCUCACCGCCUCCGACGGCCGUGAUUUGAUGUUCAAGGUCAUCCAGUACAGCCUGCAGCUCACCAUCUGCUUCCUGAAGACGCCGUCGCUAUUCUCGCCCGAGGCACAAAUGCUGAUGGGUCCGAUGGCGGAGCGGCUUUACCGCAACUACAAUACGAUCCGCCACGGCCGCAGCCUGUUCAAGAUGGGUCGCGGCCUGCUCAAUCUCUUCACGCUGCAGACAGUGUGCGAGCGAAUGUGGAUGAAGUACAAGAGAGGCAUCUCCCACACCACGUGCGCCAUCAUGCUGCCCGUCGUCUCGUGCCUGGAGAAGGGGCUGAUGGCCAUGGGGGCGUCGCCGUUGUGGGGCCGGUACUUGUCGUGUCGGCUGCUGCGCUGGGCGCAGGCUGCCCAGGUGACGCCGGGGCGGGGCCGCAGCGAGGAGCCCGAGGACUCGGUGGUGCCUUACAGGUGCAUUCAGCAGCGCGCGCAUGAGCAGCCGUCGACGCCGUCGGCAAAGGACGCGCUGCAGACGGACGGCGUGCACACCACCUCGGGUGUGGAGAAGGCUGAGCAAUCGGUGACGGCCGCGCAGGCUGCCAGCGGGAGCGUUGCUGGCCUGGAGUCUCUCAAGGGCAACGUCGGCUUCGCGCUACAAAAGGUAGAUGGCGGCGGUGCGGGGUCGUCGCAGCCCACGCCUCCAUGCGCGAUGGUGGAUAGUCAGACAAGCACGUCGAGAGUACAAUCCGAGCAACCGUCCCCCACCACGGGCGACGGCGCGGCCAGCAAGGGCGUGGGUAAGCUUUCGCUGCUGCCGCGCGCGCCGUCUGGUGGCCUGUCGGCGGAAGAUUGGGGCGGAAGGGCAUCCGAGAUUGCCACAGCCUUGCCAACACCGAACGCGGAAAGUAAGCGUGAGCUCACUGACCCUGAUGCGCUGCCGUGUGUGCCCUCCGGCCCCGCUGCCGGCUCCGCCUCCGCAAUGUCCUCUGGCGCGGAGGGCACCGCUGCGCCACAAGCGAAGCCGCCACACGUCCCGGACACACCCUUUUCCGGUGUCGAGCUCGGCCACCAGGAGCACCAGCGGCACGGCCUGACGCCGUCCACCACCGCCAACGCGACAGCCAGCGCCUUCAGCCUUGCGACGGCAGACUGGGUCGACAGCGCCGGUCGUAAAACGCUUCUGCACCCGCUGAAGCAGUCCUCGAGCAUCAACACCCCUACCCCCACCGCGAGCAGUAGCAUCACGGGCGACGAUGUGGGUGAUCACCUCCAGGAAGGUGUGGAGAGCAACAUCAUCCACAACGGAACGCCACUGAUUCCUGCGGCGCGCUCGUCGUCGUACGGAUCCAUAACAAGUCAGCUGAUGCCGGAGCUGGCGAGCGGCGGUGGUCUGACGCCUGCGGAUGGCCCACUGUCGGUGCCGAACAACUGGCGCAUCGCCUGUGCGCCGACCGUGCCGCCGAGUCGCUCCGACGAGCUUGUCGUAGACUCGGCACUGCCUUGCUCCUCCGUCGAGUUGCUGAAGCCGCUGAAGCCGACCGAGGCGCUCUCUACGGUGGCGUCACCGUCCGAAGAGCUGACAAAGGUGGACGGCACCACGAACUCCAGCUUCACAGCCAACAGCGCCGACACGCGCACGCCGCCACCGCAGCUGUUGUCUGCGGCGGACGUGUCCACGAACACGCAGGCUGCGAUGGCGUCAUCGGGCGACAACACCGGCACGGCGAUUUACGAUAUCGAGCGGAACAGCCGUCACGCGUCGUCCUUGCGCGAUCGCUGCACUGUCUCCACGAGCGCCCCCCAGCCGCCGGUGACCGCCGUUCUGCAGGCCUCGGAGUUGCCUGUGAUGACGCCCACGAGAGCCGCCUCCGCCCUCAAGGACGACCCCCCGCUGUCCGUGGCAACGUAUGGCAAGGAGAGCGAGAUCAGCAUCAUCUCCUCCAGCACGUCCAGCUGCCUGCAAGAGCAUCAGGGCAACCAUGCCGGGGCGCUCUCGACGUAUUUGCGGGAGUUGCAGCCGGCAUCUGCCGCGCUGCCGGCACGAUGGCGCAAAGGUGUGCUGCAGUUCAACCCAGUGCUCAUGACGCUUCUCGGCAUCCGCAACUUGGCUGCGGCGUGUCGCCGAUUCCUGCGCGACAUCACUCUCGUCUCCACAGAGCGCUUUGGGACGCUGAGGCUUGUCGAGGUGCACCGCCACACCAUCACCCACAUCAUCAACCGCUGCUGGCUCGUGGUGUCCAUCAUCGACCUGCUGCUCAAUACAGUGCGACUGCUGCAGCCGGGCUGGGUCAAGUACGCGACGGCGCGGCAGAACAUUCAUUGCCGGUGCGGCUGCUACGGCGACAAUGACCCGUCCGACAAGGUGUGGCGCACGCACGGCUUCAUUGCGCGGCGCAAGACGGACCUCUUUUUCCCUCCGCUGGAUCUCGACUACGGUGCGCCGUUUGUGUCGAGCCUCUCCUACGUGGAGGCGGCGGAUCCGGCGCAGCUGAUGCCGGCCUGCAGGCGUUGCGGGUGUCUCUACCGCGAAGUCCUCUCCGAUUCAGAUCAGGAAGGAGACGAGGCAGAGGUGGCGGAUGCAAGCAGUGGUGUAUCGAUGCCGCCGUCACGCACGCUCGCCGCAAUGUCGAAGGCGGCGUUGGCGGCCACUGCAGCGUCCUUCAGCGAGGACGGCCACCAUAAGGGGGAGAGCCACCGUUCCGCGGCACGGAAGUCCCUCAGCACGCCAGGCUUGGUGGAGCGCGAGAAGCCGCGUUGGGUGCAGCUGUAUAACGAGGAGGUGAUGUUGGGCGAGUCGCAGCAGCAGCGCCUUCGUAGCCCUGGCGCGCGGCAGGAGAAGCAAAACCUCAGCACUGGGGCGCAACAGGACUCGCCCGUGAAGCAGCUGGAGAAGGCACGCAGCAACAGUACGCUGAAGAGCUCCGCCGGCGAUGGGCAGCCUGCAGACGAGAUGCUCCAGCGUCGCAAGAGUGGUGCGGCUCGUGAGCGGCCAGCCGAAUCCUCGGCUGGUAUUCUCUUCGUGCCUUGGAUGAUGCGGAAGUUUUUCGACUAUGUGUGGCUGCUGCGCGUGCACCCAAACCUGACGUCGACGGUUCUCCUGGAGGCUCGCUGCAUCGCCGAGCUCUAUCUCGCCUACAAGUACUGCUUUGGUAACCUUGAAGCCUUCAUGUCGGAUGCCCCGCUGAGCGCCAUCCUCAACCCGUACGGUGCCUUGGCGGGCAUCGUGAGCGCCUCCGUGGGACUGCUGCGCGUCGUGGAAAGUGCGCCAUCUUCAUAA